AUGAUGCUGGUCGAUCUGGCUACCAUAGUGGCGACCUCUCUGCAUGGGUUCUGGAUGAGGUUGUCGGCGACACGCCAAAAGACGCAGCAGAAUCAGCAAUCUGACAGAGAUUCCCCGCUUGAUAUGGAUCAUCACCCUUAUGUAGACCAGAUUAAAUCACUCGGGACUACUCAUGAGACGGCAGUGCGACUCCAGACCCUCAUACAGACCGACGGCGGGGGGAGCUGGCCUCCACGAGCAGUUCACCACGCGGAAUGGCCCGAGGCACUCCAUCCGUAUCAUGAAGUCUACCGCGCAAUGUCUCCACAACUCGCGAGCAACGUACACCUCACCGACGACCGAAUGAAUCUGUCCCGCUGCAGGGCCUUUCGCAGUCAAAUGACGGCUCUGCUACAAGCACACAUUAACCUGGACGCGGUGGAGAAUGCUCUCUGUGACCUGGCACAGGACGAUGGAUUCUCGCGGGAGGCCUGCAACGGAUUCUUUGCCUGCGUUGCCUACUGCCGUCAUGCAUUCCGAUGGGCCACAAACCCUAUUGUCAAGGUUGCGCAGGAUGAUAAGGUGAUUGAUUUCCCCUUGGAGUUGGACAUCCCGUGGGACUACCUUUGUCGUCGAUACGGUAUAUACUCACAAGGGGGGAACGUCAUGUCAAAUCUGCUUUGUGAUUUCGAUACGAGCGGAAGGCUGAUCUAUACGAUCAACGAGGGGAUGUCAGAUAUUGUGCGGUCAUCGGAGUACCACUUUACGUAUAUUUUCGUGGAGAUGGAGAGGCUGGCUGUCCCCAUCUACCUCCACAUCGCCCAGUCGAUUGAUUGCUUUGAGAGGGGAGACAAAGCGCAAUGUGCAGAGAAAAUACGGUCUAUAUUCCGUCAACUACGGAAGGUUUUCCAGGCGUUCUACAAGACCUUUGUGCCUUCCACGGUCAGUCCGGCUGUCUGGCUGUCUUACGUCCAAGGUUUCCACGGAUGGGCCGCUGGAACGAUAGAUGGUGAAAUCUACACGGAAUAUGAUGGCGUCCAAGGAGGCCAGAUGGUGCUGAUUCAGGUGAUUGAUGCCUUCCUUGGCAUGGACCCGUUUCUUUCCACGGAGGCUUUUCGACGCCAUGUCACCUACUACCAGCGCGGCUUUAUCGAUUCCGUCCGGCGCCAUUCAUUCCGUCAGAAGGCUCUUGACGCAGGGGACGGUGAAAUCAAUAUUCACAUGAUUGAAAUCGCUAAACUGAUGCAUGUCUUUCGAAGUUCUCAUCGCAAGACAGCGUCUAAGUAUCUUGCAGUGCCGGCGCCCGAGAGAAUAACCAUGACAGCUGGAAGCUCUGUCUUGCAGGGAGGUAGCGCGUCAUCAAAUCCACUGGCGCAUGUUGACUCUCUGCUUGCAGCCCGCCUUCGUCAGACGCGCGCGCUGGGGAAACCCAAAGACAUAUAAGGCUUUCCCCCCUGUCCAAUGCCA